AUGCCCGCUGCGCGCAGCUCCAAGGGCUUGGCUGGCAAGCAGGCCCGAUCCGGCCGAGGAGCAGGCCUGGAAAAUGUGCAAGCGGACAAGGAGGAGAUUUCUCAGGCCAAGCGAUCCCCCUCGUCACCCCAGGGGGCACCCAGGAAGCGAUCGGCCUUUGGCGAUAUCACCAACGCUCACAAGGCCCAGAGCUUUGUAGGGAAGAAGGAGCCGGAGAAGGCGAUCCCCAAGAAGGCCUCCAAGGGACCCACCGCGGUGAAUGUGGCCAAGAACAAUGAGACCAACCUGAAGAAGUCCCUGGAGAAAGCGCCCUCCGAGGACAGCCCGGCUAAGCUGAGCCAUACGGUCAACAGCGGCCUCGGAGAGGAGCCGGUCGACCCACCGGCGGUGGUGGUAGCACCAGCAGAGCUGGUGGCUCCAGCUGAGGACAUCGACAAGGGGCAGCUGGAUGACCCCUAUGCCAAUGCUGAGUAUGCCAAGGACAUCUUCGACAACAUGCAGGAGCGAGAGAAGAGCUUCCUGCUCCCGGACUACAUGAAGGACCAACCGGACAUCACCACGGACAUGCGGGCCAUCCUGGUGGAUUGGAUGGUGGAGGUGCAGCAACAUUAG